AUGAAGGGACUCAAGAAAUCUUUCCUCAACAGGAAGAGUUCUCAAGAUUCUUCCUCAUCAAAGUCUAAAGAUCAAAAAUCUACAACUCCAGCUACAGCAGCACCUCCACCACCACCACCGAACACCGGCAAGCCACUUCCUCAGCCUGCUUCCGGUGGUCUUCCAGGUGCAUCAGUCAACAAUUCUAGCAAUCACUCUCUCAGUUCACAAGGAGCUUCAUCUUCUGGUCGUCCCCCUUCUUCUACUUCAAUCGCACCAUCAGUCCCAGAUCGUAGGUACAAUUCUACAGGCAACCCCUCUCCCAUUCCACCAAUCGUUGUAGUUAGCUCAGACCCAGUGUCUGACCUAGCGCCCCGCUCAGCCUCGUAUAAUUCUCCAGAGCGCAGCACUAUUGGAUUAGAUGGUAAUUCAACUCCUCCACGCGCAAAUACCUUGAACCGUCUACGCUCUGGCCCACGCGAUACAAUCCCUAUCGUCGGAAAGCCUCCACGCAAACAACGGAGCAGUCGCUUUGUCGUCACAGAAAAGGUCGACAUUGAAAAAUUGCCUCCUUUCGCAGAAACUCCUCCCACUGAGCGUUCUAUCUUAUUUAUCAAGAAGCUCAAUCAAUGCCGUGUAUUAUUCGACUUCAAUGACGCGAGCGCUGAGCUUAAAGGAACUGUCAUCACUGAAAACAUAUACCCCGAGGUUGUCAACAUGUUUGCUGUCAACCUCUUCCGAUCGAUACCCCCACCUCUCGCCUGGCCUCAUCUCCAGAUUGUCUAUGAAUUUUUUCUUCGCUUCGUCGAGAGCCCAGAUUUCAACACCAAUCUCGCCAAGCGAUACAUUGAUCAACCCUUCGUCCUAAAUCUCCUCGAGCUCUUUGACUCUGAAGACCCUCGCGAACGCGACUUUCUCAAGACUACGCUACACCGCAUUUACGGUAAAUUCCUUAACCUUCGGGCCUUUAUCCGUCGGUCGAUAAACAACGUCUUUUAUCAUUUCAUUUACGAAACCGAGAGACAUAAUGGAAUCGCCGAGCUGCUUGAGAUCUUGGGUUCCAUCAUCAACGGCUUUGCCCUACCUCUCAAGGAUGAGCACAAGACCUUCUUAACCCGGGUGCUCCUUCCCCUACAUAAAGUCAAGAGUCUUUCGCUUUAUCACCCACAGCUUGCGUACUGUGUCGUGCAGUUCCUCGAGAAGGAUCCAACCUUGGCGGAGGAAGUUAUGCUCGGACUGCUGAAAUACUGGCCCAAGGUCAACUCUCCAAAAGAGGUUAUGUUCCUGAAUGAAGUCGAGGAAGUACUUGAUGUCACCGAUCCCUCGGAGUUCCAGAAGAUCCAGGUCCCGCUGUUCCAGCAACUUGCGCGAUGCAUCAACAGCCAGCACUUCCAGGUUGCUGAGCGAGCCCUGCUGUACUGGAACAACGAAUACGUAGUCAAUCUCAUGAGCGAUAAUCUACCUGUCCUCCUGCCACUCGUCUUUCCUGCGUUGUAUACGAAUUCCAAGAGCCACUGGAACCGGACUAUUCACGGGAUGGUGUAUAAUGCACUGAAGUUGUUUAUGGAGAUCAACCCAGAGCUGUUUGACGAAACGAUGCAACACUACAAACAACGGAAGAUCGAGGAGCAACAACAUGCUGUUGAGCGAUAUGAGCAGUGGCAGAGAGUGCGUGAAAAGGCAAUACAGAACGCUGGCGGGAAGUUGCCUCCAGGAUUUGAAGAGGUUGAACGUCUACCCCCACCUCCUCCAUCGCCCGGUGAUGAUUCGGAUAUUCUGGAUUUAUCGAUGGAGCUGAACGCAGUGUCGCUUGAUGGUGAUAUUCCUGGUGAUCUCGACGAAUCUGGUAUCGAACGAGUGCCCAUGGCUGAUCCUGGGUUGGAUCGCGAGUUUCCGCAAGUCGGGGGUGAUCAUUCGCCUGUGUCUCAGAGUCCUCAUGUACGACGAAAGAGCGUCCUUCCUGUGGAUCCAUCUGUCAUUCGCGACCUGCAAGCCCAUCGGAGCCUGGACGAUACUCUUGGAAUCGGGGGGCAUCAUACAAAUGGGGCAUAA